AAAGAGAAGUGAGCCCGGUAUAGUUCCGGUUCCAGUCCACAGAGGGCGCAGCUUGUUGUCAGAGUCCCAGAGCUGUCAGACCUACAGGGCGAUGUCACCUGGCAGCUGCUUCAUAUCCUAAUUAAUAUCUACAAUUAAAACAUCUGCAACUACACCUGAGACUGAGUCCAGAACCAUGGCGGCGCCGCCUUCUGUCCUGAGAGAGUUCUGCCCGCUCUACUACCUGCUGAACGCCAUCCCAGCCAAGGUCCAGCGGGGGUUCCGGUCCGUGCUGGUCUACCUGACGGCGGUGGACAGCAGCGGGGACUUCCUGGCGCUGGGCAGCAGCAUCGGCAUGCUGUACCUGUACUGCCGCCGCCGCGCUCACCUGAACAGGUACAGCCUGGAGGGGAAGAGUGAUGCGAUCACUGCUGUGAAGCUGCUCAGCUGUUUUGAUGAUCUUGUUGCCGUAGGAACAGCCUCAGGUCGAGUUGCAGUCUUCCAGCUGGUUUCUCCACUUCCUGGUCGAAACAAGCAGUUGAGGCGUCUGGACGUGGUUGGCCUCCAUAAAGGCUCCGUGACGGCGUUGGCAUGGAGCUCCAAUGGGACAAAGCUGUUCUCUGGAGACGAUAAAGGACGAGUGGUGUUCUCCUCCCUGGACCUGGACCAGGGAGUGUGUAAGCCUGUGCUGCUACUGGAAGAAUGCUCUGCUGUGGUCCAGAUGGAGUACCGUCACCAGGUUUUACUGAUCUCCACCCUGCACCGAUCUCUGCUCUACUGCACCCAGACCCAGGACGUCCUGCAGCUGGGCACCAAGCCACGCAAGAGCAGCGGGCGGUUUGGCGCCUGCUUCCUGCCGGCUCUGUGUAAACAGAGCGACCUCCAGGUGUUUGCUGCUCGACCUGGACUCCGACUCUGGAGGUCUGACGUCAGAGGACAGGUGGAGGAGACUCGGCUCCUUAAACCACUCUUCAACACUCAGGGUGUUCGAGGGUUACCUGAGACCCGUGUCCGCCAGGGUGUUAGAGGGUUACCUGAGACCCUGCGACCCGUGUCCACCAUGGUGUUCAAGGUGUCGGACAUUUCUAUCCGUCUGUCUUCGCCGCUGGCCACGCCCACUGUCCUUCCACCAAACGGAUCAGUGGAAAUGGCCCAGCCAAUUAGAACCAUGGCUAUCAUCGUGGAGGGUGGGGGGCGGGAGGAGGGAGGGGGACACGGGGAGAGGUGGAGCAAGGACGGAGACAAAGAGACAGAGGAGGACGGAGUGGAGGAGGCCGAGGAGCAGCUGGAGCUGAUGGAGCAGCCGUCUCGCAGCCGCAGCAGUUCUGUCUCUUCCUGGGACAGUCUCCAUAGCAACGCGACUUCCUGCGAGCUGAGACGCUACAGCGCCCCCCUGAGUCCUGGGGGGGAGAUGCAGGAACUGGUGGUGAAGGCCAUCAGGGUGAAGAAGAGGAGGAGGAGACAAGACAGCAGCAGUCGUCUCUCUGAGAGCAGCUGCUCUGACUCCAUGUUUGUAGUCCAGGACGGCAGCUGCAGUGAUGGAGGAACUCCUCUGAGUGACCGAGGGUCCCUCGUCAGUCAGGACCUUCAGAACUCUGCAGAACCGAUCCAGGACCCAAACUCUGCAGAACCGAGCCAGGACCUAGUGUCUGGGUCCCUCUUCAGUCAAGACCACCAGAACUCUGCAGAACCGAGUCAGGACCCAGCGACGGACCUGCAUUCUGGCCCCCUCCCCCCUCCAGGCUCCCUGCCCCUCCAGGUUCUGCAGACGCAGCGUGAUCCAGGCCUGGAGAUGGAGGCCGUCCCCCCAACUCCAGAUGUGGAUCUGCUGCUGGAGUGCAGCUUCUCCUACCUGCACAACAAAGAGGAGCCAAUGGUGGAGCAGCAAGAGGUCCCGAGGCCUUUGAUUGGACCAGAGCACGAGCUUCUGAGGCCUUUGAUCGGACCAGAGGAGGAGGUGAUGAUUCAGCACACAAGAAUAUAUCAUGAAUAUAUCAUAAAUAUACCAUCAAUAUAUGACUUGUCAGAGAGCUGGAUGGGAUUCUCAGGACCAGGAUGUGGAGUCCUGAGCCUACAGGUGACCGACAGACAUGUUUGGUGUCUGGACUUUAAAGGGGGACUGUUCUGCAGCUCUCUGCCAGAGACGGGACUCAACUGGCAGCGCUUUGAAGACAAUGUCCACCAGGUGGCCCUGUCCCCCUCAGGUAAUCUGCUGUGGAAGGUGGAGCAGAAGAGCAUGACGGCGUUUGCGUGUGCUAAGGUUUCUGGGAAGGGGAAACGUCACUGGUACAAAGCUGUGGAGCAGACGGCGUUUGUGGCUCUGAGUGACAACUCGGCCUGGAUCAUACGCACCAACGGAGACCUCUACCUGCAGACAGGUCUGAGCGUGGAGCGUCCCUGUGCUCGCUCCGUAAAGGUGGACUCUCCGUGUGUCUUCAGCCAGGUGUGUGUGAGAGGGGGCGUCGUCUGGGCUCUGAGCGAACACAGAGCUCUGUUCUACCGGGAGGGGCUCAACAGCUUCUGUAGAGAGGGAGAGGGCUGGAAGUACGACACCGUCAGCGAGGCCCAGGGUCUGGACCUUGUGUGUGUCGGCCUGGCAGCGGGAGGAACCGGCUGGGCGCUGGACACCAGUGGCAGUCUCUGGUUCAGGACCGGCGUCUGUCCGUCUCGACCGCAGGGGGACGACGACCACUGGUGGCAGAUCAGUAUUUCGGACUAUGUGGUCUUCGACCAGGGCAGUCUGUUCCAGACCCUGCUGCAGGCCACGCAGAGCGUUGCCACAGUGACCAGGGCCCCGGUGGAGCGCGUGGUGGCCUUCCUGUCCCAGCACUCGCAGUGCCAGCCCAGCCUGGUCAGCGCCAACAGCAGCGGGGUUUGGGUCGCCUCGGGUCGGAACCAGCUGCACCUGGCCCGCGGCAGCCUGGUCGGAACUUUCUGGCAGAACGUCGUUCCCAGAGGAACCGUCUCGGCCACGAGGUGGACCUUCAUCACGUCUUCAGCUGUGCCGCACAGAGAAGGUACGUUCCUGUGGUUGGCUCAAAGCAGGAAGGAUCUGUUCUGUGUCUGGGAUCAGGACGGUGAGCUCCGCCCCUCCUCCGUCCCUCUACCAGUGGAGAUGGAGCUGAUCCAGCUGUCUGCAUGCCGGGAUGCUCUGUGGGGAUUAGACACUCACGGCCGAGUCAGCAUCCGGACGCUGUCUCCGUCCUGUCCCUUCGGACUCCACUGGACCCCCCUGGACCUCAGCCAGCUCGGUACGUACCUGACUCACUCACCUGGACACGGCCGAGUCCAAACCAUACAUACAUAUAUUAUGUAUAUAUAUCUAAUUAAUGUGUGUGUUCCAGGGUUAGCCGUGAGUCAGCUGGUCCUCAGCUCCCGGACGGUUUGGGUGCGGUGUGCUAACGGAGAAGUGGCUCGGCGUUACGGCGUCUCGGACCGGAACCCUGCCGGGGACUACUGGAAGAAGAUCCCUGGAAACACCAACUGGCUGACUGUGACUGCGGAGGACGAGCUGUGGGCGGUGACUCCGAUUGGCGGGUUGUCCCGUCGCCUGACAAAAGUCCUCCCACAGGCCCCCUGUAGACCUGCCCCAUCUGGCCAUGCCCUCAGUGCAGACGACGGCGAUGACGAAUGGGAGCUCAUCUGACCCCUGACCUCUGCUGGGGAGGCAGUGAUGUCACAGUGACACCACUUUCUGGUUGCUAUCUUCAUCCUGAAGCAGGAAGUGCAGGCCGGUGAGAUGACUUCUUUGAGAACCCAGGCGGCUGCCGGGAAACGAAGGGAGCUGAGACUUUGUUUUAUUUAAAACAGGAAGCACUUUACUCUGAAGGGACAAAGAGACUGACUGGUUAAGACUGGUCUGACUGGUCCGACUGGUUCUGACUGGUCCGACUGGGUCUGACUGGACUGACUGGUCUGACUACUCUGACUGGUUCU